CCAUUGGAUUUUUCAGCUACUGUAGUAAAUCUUGUCCAUAUUCAGUCUUCUAGUUUACACCGUGUCUGCUUUGGUUGAAAUGGAGCUUCUCUUCCUGCCGGAUACCAGCUUCUCCUCAUUUGUGAUCGGGUUGCUUGCCUUUCUCUUACUGUUGAAAAUCAUGUUGAAAAAUCAGUCAUCGAAAACUUCCCGUCUGCCACCCGGACCUGCACCCCUUCCUCUGGUGGGAAACCUCCUUCAGCUUGAUAUGAAGAAGCCAUCCAUGUCAUAUCUAGAGCUCAGUAAGACAUAUGGAUCUGUGUUUACUGUGUGGCUGGGCCCCAAGCCUGCUGUGGUGCUUAGCAGCUAUACCACCCUCAAAGAUGCCCUGUUGACACAAGGAGAAGAAUUCAGUGGCAGAUAUAUCUAUCCUGUGCUCCAGAAGUCAACUGAAGGAUACGGAGUAGUUGGCAGCAAUGGAGAACAGUGGAAGCAAGUUCGUCGUUUUUCCCUCACAACGCUGAAGAAUUUUGGAAUGGGGCGGAGGAGCAUUGAAGAACGGAUCCAAGAAGAGACAACAUUUUUGCAGGAAGCCUUUCUUGAGAAGGAAGACUUACCUUUUAAUCCCAAAUUCAUCAUGUUUAAUGCUGUGGCCAAUGUAAUUUGCUCGGUGGUGUUUGGGAGGAGGUUCAGUUACCAGGACAAAGACUUCCUCUUCUUCCUCAAAGCAAUUGAUGGUUACUUUAAUUUCCUAAGCAGACCCACUGGCCAGCUUUACAACAUUUUCCCCAAAAUAAUGAAUCACCUUCCUGGAGAGCACAAGAAGGUUUUUGCAGACCUUGAGAAACUGAAAAUUUUUAUCAGAAAUGAGGCCACCUCUCUAAAAGAUAAGAUGAACCCAGAUGACCCAAACAACUACAUAGAGGCUUUCAUGGCUAAAAUACUGAAGGAGAAGGACAAUCCACAGACAGAGUUUCAUGAGCUCAGUUUAGAGAACAGUGUGAUGAACAUGUUCUCAGCAGGGACAGAGACCGUUUCCUCUACUUUGCGUCAAGCUCUCCUGAUCAUGAUGAAGUUUCCACAUAUUCAGGAGAAAGUCCAACGGGAGAUUGAUACUGUCAUUGGCUCUCAUCGUACUCCUUGCAUGCAAGAUAAGCAAAACAUGCCCUACACAGAUGCAGUGCUUCAUGAAAUCCAGCGAUUUAUGGAUCUGGCACCCAUUGGUGUCCCACACACUGUGAUAAAGGACACUGAAUUCAAGGGAUACCUCCUGCCAAAGGACACAGUGGUUAUUCCACUCCUGUCCUCAGCUCUCAGUGACCCCACAAUGUGGAAGACAACGGACUCCUUCUGCCCUGAAAACUUUCUUGACGAGAAUGGAGCAUUCAAGAAGAAUGAGGCCUUCUUAGUCUUUUCACUUGGGAAGCGCGCUUGCUUGGGAGAAUCUUUGGCCCGGAUGGAGAUUUUUCUUUUCAUCACCUCUCUGCUUCAAAAAUUCACAUUUACCUCUCCUUUGCCACUCUCAGAGCUUAACAUAAGCCCAGAAUUGUGCAGCUUUGGGAGGAUGCCUCGGCCCUACCAGAUGUAUGUCAAGGUUCGGGUUUAAGGACUUUAAUACAGUUUAGGCCAGUUUACGACGUGCUAAACACUUAUCACCUGCUUUACCAUCUUGCACCUUUUUUUUCCUUAUUAGGUCUGACUGUAUUUUUGACUUAAUAAAUAUUUGUUUUUAAUA